AUGUACCUACCGUCAAAUGCGAUGCCAAUGGAAGAAAUUCAUAUUCAACGACAGAUCAAAUGUUGGGAUGUUUACCAGAUCCCAGAAAUUAAAAGAGCUUUAUCUAGUGUCACGUUCAAACGUCAGAUAUGUGUGAUG